CAACAUGGCGGUUCAGAUUGUAGUGAAUCGUUUACAAAUUCUAAAUGGAGUUUACAAAUUUUCCCUUUGAUUUUUCUUCGAAUUAUGGAAUAAUUUGGAUACAUUCGAUGUUGGAAAGUUUUUGUAGAAAAAGACAAACUUAAAGAAAGCCUGACGGACGGAUUUAAAGUAUUUUUGGACAAAGUUUUGAAACAAGUGUCAAAAAAUCUGGAUCUUCCUCUAACCAGAAGUGGGACAAAAUAACUUUUGGGUGACGAUAAACAAUUUGUAUCAUGGCAGACCGAAAGACUCGAGGUUUGAUAGAUCCUGAAGAAAGGUUCAACAAGUUGGAAAAGAUUGGAAAAGGAUCUUUUGGAGAGGUCUUUAAAGGUAUCGACAAUGAAUCGAAGUUAGUGGUAGCUAUAAAGAUAAUAGAUCUAGAAGAGGCGGAAGAUGAAAUUGAGGACAUUCAACAAGAGAUUAUGGUUCUCUCUCAAUGUGAUUCUCCUUUUGUUACCAAAUAUUUUGGUUCAUAUUUAAAGGGCUCUAAGUUAUGGAUCAUCAUGGAAUAUUUAGGGGGUGGAUCAGCGUUAGAUUUGAUGAAAGCAGGUGCCUUUCAGGAGUCAGACAUCGCUAUUAUAAUACGGGAGAUAUUAAAAGGGCUGGACUAUUUACAUUCCGAACGAAAAUUACACAGAGAUAUUAAAGCUGCCAAUGUAUUAUUAUCAGAACAAGGAGAAGUAAAAUUAGCUGAUUUCGGAGUUGCUGGACAACUUACUGCUACCACAAAUAAACGUCAGACAUUCGUAGGGACGCCAUUUUGGAUGGCACCUGAAGUUAUCAAACAAUCAGCGUAUGACACCAAGGCUGAUAUAUGGAGUUUAGGUAUCACAGCAAUAGAACUAGCGAAAGGAGAACCACCCAAUUCCGAACUCCACCCCAUGCGAGUGUUAUUCCUCAUUCCAAAAAACAACCCCCCUCAGUUAAUAGGGAACUAUUCCAAAGCUUUUAAAGAAUUUGUAGAAAUUUGUUUAAACAAAGACCCACAAAACAGACCGAGUGCGAGAGAUUUAUUACGCCAUCGUUUUGUUCAGAGAGCGAAGAAAACAUCGUAUCUAGUAGAACUAAUAGAACAUUAUAAGACAUGGAAAUUAAACCGAGGUCAAACCAGCGACAGUGACGACUCUGAUGAGUAA